AUGAGAAAUUAAAUCAUAUUAGCCAACAUCCUAUUUCUAACCAUUGUCAUUUUAUUGCCAAUUUCAGCAUUUUAUGCUUAGUCGAAAAUUUUUACUUAUAUAUCAAGUCACUCAACUGAACUAUUGCAAGUCUAGUAGGAUAAAAGUCAACUUAUAAUUAUUGGAAAUAUGUUAAUGAGAAGAGUGGCUUUAUAACAUAUAAAAAUAAUAAACCAAUUGGAAUCUAUUUCGAAAUCUUACAAUUAUUUUGAUUACAACAACAUUACAAUAGAUUUGAAAUAUCCUCUGCCUGCGUGUGUUCCAUCUGCUUAUUUAAAAGGAGAUGACUAUUUCAUCAAUUAUGAAUCCUUUUGCUAUCAAGCUAAUGGAUUAAAUGAUUCAAUUACUCUGCCUAAAAAUGACACUUCAGUUCAAUCACUCCAUUCCACUUUAACUUUAUUGAGUGGUUACUCCAUGAUUUUUGGAUUAGAUAUAGUGAAAUUGAAAGAAUACUUUCAUAUCGGAGCUGUCUCGAACAUUUAGUAUCUGGCAACAUACCCUGUUAGCUACCUAAUCAAAACUUAUAAUGUACUAAAGCGACCUUGGUAUCAGAAUCACGUUCAAGCCUAUUCGAAGAACCCAGAUUUGAACAUUAGUUACACUCCCCCAUUUAAUCAUUUUCUUAGUUAAACCUUGGAAGUUUCAAUAUGUUAUUCAAUUAAAUCGAAAGCGAAGGAACUUAUCGCUGUUUCUAAAACUCAAUUAAGAUUUGACUCAUAUAUGAUUCCGUAGAUCCCCUAUAAUGUAUUUCUAUUGGAUAAUACAGGUGUUGUGUUAUACACUAAUUCAGAUAACUAUUUUAAUGACUCCUAGUCAAUCUAUUUAUAUAAUUAGAGCAUCACAGGUUUUAACAAAACUGAUUGGCUAAUAAUCUAAGAAAAUUCGUUAAACAACAAUUAAACCCCCCAAAUUUUCUACCAUAAACUAUCAAAUCAAUCUGUGUAUCUAAUUGCAUUUUAACUUCCUAAUCAAGAAUAUACUCUCAUCAUAUACUCGAACAUUACUACUACAAUUGAGAUGUAAGGGAGAUUGGAUGAAAAAAAUUAAGAAUUAAAUACGAUCUUUAUGAAGAUGAUAGUUUCUAAUUUUUCCUUCUCAGUUUUUCUUAUGUUACUUGAGUUUAUUGUAAUAGUGCAAAUUUUCGCGCCUAUUCAUAGACUCACUAUGGAGAUUAGACAGCAUACUUUGCGGGUAGGGAAUAACAUUAACCGAGAAAUCUUUAAGUUAAUUAAUAAUAAACCAGUAGGCAAUCAAUUUUUAAUUCUUUAACAAAAGAUGCUAAAUAUUGAAAAUUUAUUAAACGGAAAUUAAAACAAUAAGAGCAAGAUUUGCAAAAUAUAUGAAUAAAUUUAAUACAAUAAAAAGGAGAGACCUUUCAAAGUUAAGUAAUUAAGAAAAGCAACAUUGGAUUUGAAGGAUGAUUAACACCAACUUAAACAAAAAAUUAAGAAUAUCAUAAAACUUCUAUUCAAUCAUGAAGAAACAAUAAAUAAUUGA